AUGUUUUAUCGAAGUGCAUGCGCCCGGCAUUUCCUGUCGCAGACAGGCUCAGGACGUGUUAUGCGGCAGCACAGGAUGGUGCGAAAAGCAUGGGCGGUCGGCGUGUGUUCGAUUGCAGUUUUGCUGGCAUUAGGCAAGCAGCACAGUCAACUCUUCACACGAGUGGUACGGGCGCCGCCGGCAAGUGUAGCUCCACUCUCGCACGGGGAUUUGGCCCAGGGUGCGCGGUCUGAGUUCCUCGAGUCGUGGAUCACAAGCAAGCGCCACAACCAAUUGACUUGGCUGCCUGCAGAGAGACGACUGGUGAACAGCCAGUUUUCUUCCAUACUCGUUCUUGGCGAUUCGUACGCUGAUGACGUGGAUAUGGGCUUCUUUUGCUGGCCAUCUCGCCUUGGGAAGAGACUGAAGUUGCUAGUCCUGAACGUUGCUCGGGGCGGCUCUGAAUCAGCUCACGUCAGCGCGCAACUGGAACGUGCACAUGCCUGGAAGCACGAAGACUUCACACUGGACAUCCAAAGCCUCCUCAUCUUGCACACAGGCGGCAAUGAUGCUUUGCACUCCUUGAGGAACCCUCGGAUGCUGGCACUCUUGAUCUCAGAUCUCUAUAGUCUUCGCAAUUCUAUGGAAGACCAGCUUGAGUUGAGCUUUCCAAGAGAGCUGGGCAAGGCCGUCACUUCAAAACUCGACAAUUUCUUUGCCAGCGCCGCUGUACAUGGGCACCGCCACAUCGUCCUUAGCACGUUGCCCAUCAUCUCCUGCCUGCCGUUGGCAAGGCUUCUUGUCCAGCUUCUGGUGCCCGGUGCGAGUGCCGGCUUUGUGACCAGGAGCUUGCGAGCGCUCGGGCGCUCCAUCAAUCAAUGCGUGUGUGGGGAUAUCCAAAGCCUCGCGGCUAAGCAUGGGGUCUAUGCACAAGUCUUUGACGAGGCCUCCCAGCUGGAGUUGUUGGCAGAAGAGGCAGGGGCCUCGCAGCUCGGACUGUCGGACGGCUUGAGGCUUGUGCUUCGACAGCUUCAGCGGAUCCUUGCCGGACCCGUGAAAGACUCCGGUUUCUGGCACGAUGGCCACCACCCCGCCUCAGAGGCUCACGAGCGCCUCGCAGAGGAAGUGGAGAGGAUCCUGCACACUUCUCCGCCUCCCGGCGCGACCCUCCGUUGA